AUGGGCUUCAUGAUACAACUUCCCGAUCAAUUUUCAGUGUUUUUACCAGUAAAUGUGAUGCAUAGUGGGUCAGAGUACAUUGAGUUGAACACGACACGUACCGCAUGGGUUUCAGCUGUGCCUCCAAGCUCACUAAGAUUACCGAAAGAGGCCUCUUACUCCAUGUACAACUCAUUUGGGGUCAUCCUAGCAUCCUAUUCGUUUCUGCAAAUAAUGCGUUCGGCCUCUGGUCCUGGUGGAUCUGGGCUUCAAACUGUACUUGCAACAAAAUCGGAACGUGAAGUACGAUCACAAACAUUCUUGGCAAUGUUAUUUUUGAGUCUACGUUGGGCAUUUAGCGCUGGAAUUGCCAUUAUGGGUAUUCACUAUUCCAUGAAGCACGCAAACGUUGUAAUUGAUCCCGAACGUGUGGUACCUCUAGUGAUCAAUAACGUACUUCCAGUUGGUAUAAAAGGUUUCGUCUUGGCUUCGCUACUGGCAGCAGCGCUCACGACCUUCGACACGACGAUAAAUAGUGCAUCAUCGUAUUGGACAGUGGAUAUCUAUCAGACUCUUAUUCAUCCAAAGGCUUCAGAAAAGCAAUUGCUUUGGCAUGCGCGGUUCUCGUCAGUCUUUGUAAUGCUGACUGGCCUUUUUCAAUCAUUAGACGUGAGUACAAUAAACCGUAUCUGGGGUUUCAUAACUAUUGCGCUGGCUGGUGGCCUCAUUUGGCCCUUUUUCUUUUCAUGGUAUUGGGCUCGCUUUAAUGCCUUAAGCUGCCUCGUUGGAGUCGCGUCAGGGUAUCUCUCAGCAAUCGCCUUGUUCAUCUUUGCACCGCAACUAGAGGAAUUUCGAACUUUCGUUAUCACAGCGUCUAUCUCUGGAAUUCUCUCCCUUAGUGUCUGCCUUUUAACACGACCUGAGUCUGACAAAGUGCUUCGACAAUUUUAUCGAUUUGCUAGACCACCGGGAGCUUGGUCUCAUAUCAAGCACAUUUGCUUUACGCAAGAUGUAAUUGCUAAAAUUGAUUUGGAAAAUCAUACUGAUCUCGCGUGUACGGGACUCAUCAUUGUAGCACAAUUGGCACUGUACAUUCUUGCAGUAAGUAUCGUAUCGAAAGCAUGGACUCAAAGUCUUGUGUUAGUAGCUACACUCAUUGUCACGCUGACUUUUAUCUACUUGAAGUGGUACGUGAAGUUAAAAGACCGUCCGGUUGGUCUUACUAAAAAUGAGUUUAAUGAUUCGCUAUUGGGUUAA